GACUGUCACCCAGCGUCUGUGGUUUGCCGCCCGGCGCUCGGGUGUCCCGAUGUAGUUCCCCUGGGUUCUCUUUGUCCGCCUCGGGCAGGGGGGUCGCCGCUGCCCCUUCUCCAGGCCCUCUCUAACCCCUGCCCAGGCUAAGCUCGGCGCGCCCCUACCCUCUGACCCCGCGUUGCACAAUGCCCGAGCAAAGUCUCCAGGGGUGUGAACCCCGGCGUCCCUGCCCCUGGGCGGGGACGGGCGGCAGCCAAGCGGGGAGUCGAGGCGGCGAGCGUGCAGCUGGCCUAGUCUGCGGUCUCCGACUCCUCGAGUCACCUGGGAACCGCCGCUGCAAGCCCCCGCGCCGCUAGGCCCAGCAGCCAGGCCCACGCCGCUGCGGCAGCCAUGGCGGAAGUUCAUAGACGUCAGCAUGCUCGGGUUAAAGGAGAAGCCCCCGCGAAAUCCUCCACACUCCGAGAUGAGGAGGAGAUGGGGAUGGCGUCGGCCGAAACGCUGACCGUGUUUCUGAAGCUGCUGGCCGCCGGCUUUUACGGCGUGAGCUCCUUCUUGAUCGUGGUGGUGAAUAAGAGCGUGCUCACCAAUUACAGAUUUCCCUCCUCACUAUGUGUUGGACUUGGCCAGAUGGUGGCCACAGUGGCAGUUCUCUGGGUGGGAAAGGCGCUCAGAGUAGUCAAGUUUCCUGACCUUGACAGAAAUGUACCUCGAAAGACGUUUCCACUACCUCUACUAUAUUUUGGGAACCAAAUCACGGGACUGUUCAGCACAAAGAAACUGAACUUGCCAAUGUUUACAGUUCUGAGAAGGUUCUCCAUCCUGUUUACAAUGUUUGCUGAAGGAGUUUUACUCAAGAAGACUUUUUCUUGGGGUAUUAAAAUGACUGUAUUUGCAAUGAUUAUUGGAGCCUUUGUAGCUGCCAGCUCUGACUUGGCAUUUGAUCUGGAAGGAUAUGUUUUUAUUCUGAUAAACGAUGUCCUGACAGCAGCAAAUGGUGCAUAUGUAAAACAAAAAUUAGAUUCAAAAGAGCUGGGAAAAUAUGGACUGCUCUAUUACAAUGCACUGUUCAUGAUUCUGCCCACCCUGGCCAUUGCGUAUUUCACAGGAGAUGCACAAAAGGCUGUGGAGUUUGAAGGCUGGGCCGACACCCUCUUUCUUCUGCAGUUCACCCUCUCCUGUGUGAUGGGGUUUAUCUUAAUGUACGCCACAGUACUCUGCACGCAGUAUAAUUCUGCUCUUACAACUACAAUAGUUGGCUGUAUUAAGAAUAUAUUAAUAACUUAUAUUGGAAUGGUCUUUGGUGGAGAUUAUAUUUUCACAUGGACAAACUUCAUUGGUUUAAAUAUCAGCAUUGCUGGGAGCCUGGUGUAUUCCUAUAUCACUUUCACUGAAGAGCAGCUGAGCAAACAAUCAGAGGCUAGUAACAAGCUGGACAUUAAGGGGAAAGGAGCAGUGUGACCAGAGGAUUGCUUCAUCUGAUACGUAGGCCUAAGUUUUUAAUCAACUCAGAACACUGGCAAUUCCUACACAGACACUGAGGUGUCUUGAUCAUGGAGGAAAUACCGUUCCUUUGCACUUGUACAAUCUGAGGAUUGAUUGCUGCCUUUUAAAAUUUUAUGAUGAGAGAAACUUAUAAUUGACUCUAUUUUAAAUAUGUUGUUUGAAUUAAUUUAUAUCAGACUGGAAAAUGUACUGGGCUUUUUAAUUUAUUUUUCUUCUAUGCCGACAGUGAAACAUCAGUGUUUUGAAAGUAUUUUAUUUCAUAAUUUGAUAUCCAGGUGUCCCUGAGAGCUGCAUAUAUAAUGUUUGCCAACUGGAGCUUCAUCAUUCAAAUUGUUGCUGCAUCUGGAGGCAGUUUAGCCUUUCCUCUGCUGGAAAUGCAGACAAAUAUGUGAAAUUUCUCUUCUUUGAAUUUUAUUUCUUAUGAUUGCAUUGUCUUCGUCAUAUCGUCAUUCCAUUUGCCAAGGAAAACAACUUUGGCACUAUAAAAAGAUGUGGGGCUUUGAAGUGUAUUGCUGUCUACGUUAGCUUCCCUGACUUUCAUAGGAUGAGCAGAGUGCAUUCCUUGAAAACAUGUUCUUUUUUUGUUGUAUAGAAUGGGGAUAAUGAAGGGGGUGAGAAAGUAGGCCUUUUACUAAUUUAUUCAUCUAUUUGAUUUAUUGAUUCAACUAAAAUGUUUUAAGUAUAUGUGCCAGGCAUUGUGCUAAAUACUGGGGAUACAGAGAUGUUUGCAGAGGUAGUUGAAACAUCUCACUCCUGCCAUAGUGACUGAGGUAAGGUUGUGAAUUUAGCUCUGUUAAAAUCAUUCAGAGGAUGUCACUAGAGGGAGUAAGUUGUUUCAGCCCUCAAAAGCCGCAAGUCUGUAAAUUGGAUUAAAAACACCUGCCCUACCUACCCUGCAACAGUGUGAGUUCAAAUGCUGCAAUGUGAGAUGAGGUACAAGUAAAGAGCUGUGUUUUGUAAACUAGUGCAGCUCAGCAUUGACUCCCUCUCUAAGUGAGAAUUGCAGACAGGCAAGUCUGUUUUCCGUUGCCUCCUUCCUUUGGGUUCAGUUGCUCUUUGGAUGAAUAUGAUGAGGUCCCACAUUUCUGAAUUUAUUGGUUUGAGGGGAAAGGCUGGUUAGAUUCUUCAUAUUGUCACUGGUUGGUUUUUCUCUGGCAGUGUCAGUGUUACAGCUGUCAGCUUCUUUCUUAAAUGGCAUGAGCAAUGAGCAAACUUCCCUCCUUUCAACAUUCCCACCUACAUUAUAUGCCCCUUGUCUCUCUUACUGAGCUUGCCAACUUCUCUCAAAACCAUUGCUGCAUUUUGGAAGAGCAGGUGUGAAUGGGCAUUGCCUAAAUUGCCUCUUGGGGUAAUCUGGAGGGUGGAGAUUUUAACUCAAACAUAAUCCUAUGACUUGACUCAGAGAUAUCCAUUGACCUUGAGGAUUAGUGUUGUUUGCUCAGGCCAGUUGUGCAGCCAGUGUGCAAGAGAUUUGGUGCCUUUGCACUAAUGCACACACUAGUGUCUACUUCAUUGGGUUUGGAAUCCACUGGACUCUGUUGAUCUAAACAGUUAGGGUUUUGAUUUUUUUUUGAUUUGAAAAUUUAUAUUGAGAUUAUUUUCAUAUUCCUGUCUUUCUCUUUUGGUUUGUCUUUUCUAAAGCCUGGCUGGUGGUGCUCUGUUCCUAGAAUUAUCCCUGCAGCCAACUCCCAAGUUACAAGCUUCAUUAAGAGCCUUAGACUCACUGUUUUCUAGCAUCUUCUGACCUGAGAAAAUUCCACUGAGAGUAAAGGAUAUUAUCUUGUGUCAUAUGGGUCUUACUCUCCCUAUUUUACCAAUGAGAAAACAAAACUCAGAGAAGGAUGACUUGCUAAUACAUCAAACCCAUGUCCUUUUUAUUGAACUAUGACUGCCAUUUAAUUAACCGCCCUUCCCCUAUGAGGGACUUAGGAAACAGAUCCUGAGUUCACUUGAGCCCUUUCAAAAAAGCAAGCAGUUGAUUGAAUUUGGUGUCAGAGAGGAGCAUACUUUGCAAAUCAGGAAGAGUGACAGGUUACCCUGUCCUGAAACCUUUAUCCCACUUCCAGGCUGACUUUAGUUGGUAAUGCACUUCUGGCUGUUAAUGUUGCCAACACUUCCUGGUUUUGCUUAGAUAUAGUGAAAGGGCAUAGUGAGAGCUAUUUUUAGUGAUUCUUUUCCUUCUGUCAGCAACAUGAAGGAGGGACCUUUGAAUAAUUUUUGUUGUAGAAUAUUUCUUCAUGAAAGGCUUUUGGGUGUGUUUAACAGUUGUUAGGCUAGAGCCCCACCAGGAGUUGAACUGCCUCUUGGGGGUCAGGUUCCCUAGGAGAUCUGUCACCUCUUCAGGAGUAUUUGAGAAAAUUGUGUAGUUACCGCUUCACUAAAUGCACAUGACAGGCUUCUGUGCCUUGGGAGCCCUGGCUUAUGCUGAACCUUCUGGCUGACCAGAGCAGUACAGCAGCUUCUGCUUGCCGGAUGCCUCCUUCAGCUGCUAACCAGCAUUGCAAGAUGGAGCAGUGUGAGCAAGCUGGAGACUGAAUAGUCUUUUGGAGUUUGUGUUUUGAUUUUUGCAGGCAUGUUACAAUAUACUGGUGAUUUACCUGGUAUUGUGGCACCUCCCAGAAUCUGGUUUUUGCCCCAUGUUUGAUAUUUACUAGAAAUAAAUGCAGAAAUUCUUUGUCCUGUUAACUGCCUCCUGGGAGAAAAAGAAGCAAUACAGAGUUAACUCCUUAAUUUGCCCACGGAGACAGAUGAGCUGUGGUGUUCCAAAAGACAAAUUCUAUGACUAGUGGCUCCUGUUCAAUGUAAGUGAGGCCCUCUUUGGCCAAUCUGCUUCUAGUCAAGGCUAAAUGGAUUGGAAUAACCCUAGUUGGCCAGGCUACACGUUGCCAGCAUGUCCUGUUGAGUUUUAUUUGCUCCAUGUGGCUGUGGACUUUAUGAGUCAAUCAUUUAUAGGCUCCAGUUUGCACCUAGUUUUUUUUAAAAAGUGCAUUUACACGCUUUUGGUAGUCCUGUUUUAUCAAGAAUCCAUGGAGGGUUUUGGUCAGUACAGCUGAUGCUGGAUCCUCACAGAGGAACAGUGGAGUUUCACAUUGAAUCGGUUUGAAAUGGCACCCCAGGACUUUGGGCCUGCCUUGCUUUACAGCCUCGUUCAGUGAGCAGAGAUUUAGUGAGCAGCUGUUGUAUGCCAAGCAUUUUGCUAAGCUGUGGAAAAAAGAUAAACAAGACAUGGUUCUUGCUUUCAAGGAGUGUGUAAUUCUUUGGCCAGACAUGAUAACCUGGACCCUGAGUGGGAGAAAGGAGACAGAUGAAAGGAGUCCGUGAUUUUGUAACCAAGAACUGCCUGCAUAGUUAUGAGUAUCACUGAUUUUAGGGGUGCCCCACAGAGCUAAAACAUUUUUUUAAUCUGAGGGGACUUUCGUAACUCAUGUUAAUCUUCGAGCUCUGAGAUAACAACACAGCUCUUAGAAUUCUGUGAGGAGCCUGAGGCCUCCUCUACUGUACAUGUUCUUGUUUUCCCAAAACUGUAAGUUUGGUUUUUCCUAUGAACAAGACUGUAAUUGAUUUUUCUCUCUCUGAGGAAAAAUGUUCAGAAUAAAUGAGAUAAUGGAUAUGAAACUACUUAGCACAAUGCCUAGUACAUAUUAGGCACUCAGCAAAUGUGGCUACCGUGUCAUUAUUUCAUGGUGAGACUCAAGGCAAAACAAGAUUCUUAAUUUAUGGUCCAUAAAUGCUAGAGGCUUGGGCAAUAUGGUAUAUCCUGAAAAACAUGACCCUGUAUCUCGUUGCCUCUAGAAUCCUUAGGUAACAGUUUUUGUUCACUAUCUUUUCUUUUUUAAAAAUAUCUACUGGACACAAUUGUGGCCAUUACAUGAUGCAGGUGAUUCUACCUGUUUUUAAAAAAGAACAAAAUUGCUUUUAUAUUGUGAUGGUACAUUUUAAUAAAGGGAAAAAAAAUUCCCCCCACCUCCCCCUCUUUUUUUUUUUUUUUAAAACAAGGUCUUGCUCUGUCACCAGCCAGGCUGGAGUAUAAUGGUGUAAUCAUAGCAGCUCACCACAGUCUCAAACUCCUAGGCUCAAGUGAUCCUCCUGCCUUAGCCUGCUAAGUAGCUCUGACUAUAGGGAUGUCCCAUUACGCCUGGUUCAUUUCUUCCCUUUUUUUUUUCCCCCCUCCCCGAGUAAAGACAGGGUCUCACUCUGUUGCCAGACUGGUCUCAAACUCCUGGCCUCAAGUAACCCUUCUGUCUCAGCCUCCCAAAGUGCUGGGAUUACAGGUGUGUGCCACAUGUCCGGCCAGGAAAAUUAUUUUCUAUCUUAAAGGAAGAUAAUUACAUUUUAGAGUAGCAAUUCAGUUAAAUCUUUCUCAGUUUUUCAUCUUAAGAUGGCUCCUGCAAAGGCCAGCAGCGUUCCUUUUCCCCUCUCUGAAUUGAAAGCAGUUGACCCCAUGCUGCCCCUGCUUCCAGGCCUGUCUCGGUUGUCAUAUAUUGUGAGUCCCUGGCACCAUCACUGUUUUCUAAGCCAGUCUUCUAGGUCUUACUUUCAGGAUGCUGCUUCAUGGUAUGAGGAUAUAGUUUACAGUGCUGUAGUUUUUUUUUUAAAAGCUUUGUUCUUUGAAAAUACUUUUUAAAAAGAAAUCUACUGGUUAGAUUUAUUGUCUCACAAAAAUGUUUUUAGAGAUUAUUUUUUUCACAGGUGUUUUCUUUCUCAUGCUGAUGAUCAACUGAUUUUUGUCUACAGGUAACCUCUCAGUAUUUUUUCAUUUUAGAGUCUAUUUACCAAAUGACCAUUUUAGUGUUAAAAGGUACUGAGGAAUUGAGGUAUGUAAAUCAGGUGACAUAAACAUGAAAAUUAUGUGCCUAAAUAUUUUUGUAAUGGUGUAAAAUAAAUACUUUUUCCUGAAAACAA